GUUCUCUUUGCCCAAGGCGAUCGUACCUCCAAACCAUGGUCAGCAAGCGACGGAAAAUACAAAGCCCGAGGAGAUCUGAGAAAAUCUGCUGGGAUGAAGCUGCGGAUCUGUCCGAGUAUGAGGUCGAAGAUAUCACAGAUUGCAACGUGGAGGCGAGAAUAUACCUGGUGAAGUGGGUAGGAUACGAUGAAGCUACCUGGGAGCCAGAAUCCAAUCUCUUGCCAGGCUGCAAGUGGAUGAUUGAUCGGUAUAUGCUCCGGCUGGCCCCUCGCCAAUCGAGCCAAGUGUCGGCCGGAUCAACGCCAGAGGUGAUCUACCAUAUCGACAGAGGCACCCAGCCCGGCUGCGAAAGCAAGAGGAAGAGCAUUGCCGACGACUCUGGAUACGGGCCGGCUGCAGCGCUUGUACCUCACCAAGCUGGGGCGGCAUCUGCGCUAUCGAGAUCCAGUGCUCGAGCAAAGAAGCUUCAGAUACUGGAAGGCAAGAAGACGACCAAGGUCGAAGUCGCCAUCCCGUACAUUGCAAAAUUCGAUCUGAUGUUACGGCGCCGGCACGGGCGUCCUGUCUCUGCAGCAAAAGCAAACGCAAAAGCAAAAGCAAAAGCAAAGGCAUAUGCGUACAGGUCCGAGACGUCGGUCUUUGCCACCGAGAAUGCCAACCUGCCGAAGCGAGACGAGUGGGAGAGGCUUCUGUCGUCGUGCGUCUCCGGACCGAUCAUCCAGGUCCAGAACGAGAUCGACGACGAGGGCCCUCCAGCAGAGCUUCGCUGGGCCAAUCGCAACGUCUUUGGCGAAGAAAUCCCCCAGUACGACCAAGUUUUCUUUACGGGAUGCGACUGCUCUCCAGACUCGCUCAUGAACAGCAACGGAUCGCUGCUCGGCGCCGCCCAAUCGAGCGGCUGCAACUCAGCAACAACAAACCUCUGCAGCUGCUAUGGCGGUACGGAUUUCAGGUUCCCCUACAAUGACGCUGGACUGCUGCAGCUCGACUUUGGCGAAGCGAUCGCCGAGUGCGGAUCGAUCUGCGGCUGCGGACCCAACUGCCCGUCGCGAGUCAUCCAGAAGGGCCCGCUGCCGGAACUCAUUGGGGCCUUUGAGAUCUUCCGGGCACCGUACAAGGGCUGGGCCUUGCGGACCACCCAGGCCAUCAAAAAGGGCACCUUCUUGUGCGAGUACAUUGGCGAAAUCAUCACGGCAGAGGAGGGCAAAUGUCGGCACAAAAACGACGUGGAGAAACGGUCAACCUACCGCUUUGCCCUCGACUACGACGACGUCAAGAACUUCAAGUACGAAAUCGAUGCCCGGUACCGGGGCAACAUUGCCAGGUUCAUCAACCAUUCGUGCUGCCCAAACGUUAUCCAGCACCCGGUCUUCAUCGAUGCCCCAGAUACAAUGCUCCACCGCCUGGCCUUGUUUGCUGCCCAGGACAUUGCCAAAGGCGACGAACUAACGUUCGACUAUGAAGGCCGGUCACUCACAUAUAACCCAAGGGCGUCCCAGGCCCGGAGUCCAAAACAGCCCAAUCACCAGAAAGGGCCGACUGGUGGCAGUCAAUCGAACGCCACCUCGACUCAUGGGAGCGAAGCCCGCAAGGACUCUGACGAGCGUGAGAGCAGCGUCGAUGAAGACAGCCUCGACCUUCCGUGCAUGUGCGGCGCUCCGAACUGUCGUGGUAUUCUUCAAAUAUAGUGGGUCGUCGACGGCCAAGAACAC